CCCUCGGCGCCGCCGUCCGCCGUGCGGGGUCGCGGCUGCGUCCCCGGAAGCAGUGAGCGGCGGCGGAGGAGGCGGAGGCGGGUGUCCGGGUAGCGGCGGCGGCAGCUGCCUCCCCCCGCCCGUCCGGUCCCCUGCCCGCAGCCGCCGUCGGGGCAGGAGGAUGGUGCAGAGCCCGCCCGCACGGCAGCCCCGCCGCCUCUGAGCUCCGCCGCUGCUUCCGGGCCUCCAGCCGCCCGGCCCGGGGGCUUCUUCCCCCUCGUCGGCCGCCGUUGGCAAUUUCAGGCAUCAUGAAGGUGAUGUUGAGCAUGUUUUGAUUUGUGCUUCAUUGAAGAUGCAGAGGCUGUGUUCAGUGAACAGCAGAGUCAUGUGAACAAUCAGAAUAAUGUUCAACAUAAACGUGUUGGAGAACCUGAAGGUUUACAUCAGCAGUCGACCUCCACUUGUGGUCUUUAUGAUCAGCGUCAGUGCUAUGGCAAUAGCUUUUCUGACACUGGGAUAUUUCUUCAAGAUCAAGGAGAUCAAGUCACCAGAAAUGACAGAGGACUGGAAUACUUUCCUCCUGAGGUUUAAUGACUUGGACUUCUGUAUAUCUGAGAAUGAAACCUUAAAGCAUCUCAUCAAUGACACCACAACUCCAGAAAGUACUGUGACUAGUGGACAGGCGAGAUCUUCUACCCAGUCUCCCCAGACCCUUGAGGACUCUGGUCCCAUCAACAUCUCUGUCUCAAUCACGUUGACGCUGGAUCCCCUCCGACCUUUCGGUGGAUAUUCUCGCAACGUCACCCAUCUAAGUUCCACCAUUUUUGGACACCAAAUUGGACUCUCAGGCAGAGAAUCCCAUGAGGAGAUAAAUAUUACAUUCACCCUGCCAGCUGCCUGGAAUUCGGAUGACUGCGUUCUUCAUGGCCACUGCGAGCAGGUCGUGUUCACAACCUGCAUGACCGUGACAGCAGCCAGCAAUGUAUUUCCUGUCACAGUUCAGCCACCACAUUGUGUUCCUGAGACAUACAGCAACGCUACACUGUGGUACAAGAUCUUUACCACAGCAAGGGACUCUAAUACAAAAUAUGCACAAGAUUAUAACCCUUUCUGGUGUUACAAAGGGGCAAUUGGAAAAGUGUAUCAUGCUUUGAAUCCCAAGCUAACUGUUAUAGUUCCAGAUGAUGAUCGCUCUCUAAUAAACCUGCAUCUCAUGCAUACCAGUUACUUCCUUUUUGUGAUGGUGAUUACAAUGUUCUGCUAUGCAGUUAUUAAAGGCAGACCAAGCAAACUGAGGCAAAGCAACCCAGAAUUCUGCUCUGAAAAGGUUGCUUUGUCAGAAGCAUAAUCUAUCCUCUCCUCUUACCGAGAAUGACUGAGAACCGUAAUCAUUGCCUGCUGAACCCAGAAUGGGUCUAACACUCUGUGAAUACAUUAUCUUGCAAUGUUGGUUUAUUCCAACCAAAGACAUUUCAAGUGCCUGUAAUUGAUUUGUACAUAUUUAUAAAAGUAUAUUCCGAAUAGGUCAGAGGAUGCACUUGUUCCUCCUUGGAGUGUGGCCAGAAAGUUUCAGUCUUUACCUGUGGACAUAGCAGAAUGUUUGUGUAGAUAUGUUUAGUGAUACGGCUACAUAUAGUCAGAGCAAGAUAUUUUUUGUCUAGCUGCAUCUGGGCAGGUUGAGAUGCCUUUGCAAAGUGUCUCAAACAAACCGAACAGAUCUCUGGUUUUGGCCCAAUGGUAUGUACAGUGUGUUUGAAACAGUAUGCACCUUUGAUAUAAUACUACAUUUCCAAAGCCACCAAUCUACUACAUGAAUUAAAUGUGUAUUUGUGUGGCCUAAUACUUUCUUCCAUUUGCUCCUUGCUUGCAAGAAAAGAUAUCAACAUUUUAGAUUCUAUUUUUUUUUCUAAGAAGAAAAAAAGAGAAGAAAUACAUAUUCACAUUUUAAUAGUGCUGUAUUUAGGACAAACUUGUGCUUUUAUUCAUAGUAAAAAACCAAAAGUGAAGUCCCAUUUUAAAGUGUUUCUUACUGAAAAGUUCUAAGUUUGAUUUCUUUUUUUUUUAAUGGUUUUUUGUUUUCAUUUGGCUUGCUGAAAUGCCAGAGAAUCAGUCAGCAUAGAGACUGUCUGGAAGAUUUCCACUUGGCCUCCCAUCCACAGCCUUCAAACCAGGAUUGUGCAUCUCUGCUGCAGAGCACUUUUGGGGAAGUUCUGGUUUUUGAUAGAAAGUGAAACUUAAUAAAAAGAUGUGUUGUAUUUGCUGUCUGUUGGUGCUCUGCACAGCCCUGGGCAAGUGCAAAUAAUGAAAGGAAAAGAAAUCCCAUAGCCCGAUGUAGAGCUUCACUUUGAGACUCUCCAUGAAGGGCAGCUAAAAGUGACACUGUUCUUGGCUUUGUCCUGGUUCCAUGUAAUGCUGCCCACAUGGGGGGAAAUGACAAGGAGAGGACUAGGGCUGUGGUGAUUAAGGGCAGAGAAACCUCACAGUAAAACACACAUUGUUCUCUGUUCUUCAGUCAGAGAUUUUAUUCUGUGCAUCUCUCCCUUCCCCAUUCUGGCUUUUGCUGUUUCUAGCUUCUCCUUGAGUUGCCUCCUUAAUUUUCAGGAGUCAGGAGUUUCCUGCAGCCAUUUGCACCACUGCUUUUAAAAUCUCACUGGUUGCCUUAACUGACCUUUCAUCUUGUCUUUCAGCUUUCUUGUCAGGUAGUACCACUGUAGGUCUGCAUACAUACACACACAUCAGCUGGUUUCUUUUUUCCUCCUCCUUUUGCUAUAAACUCCACAAAAAAAAGAAACUCAAGUUACAAAUCUCACAGUCUCAAUUAUGCUGGCAUAAGAUUCUCAGUUUAUUGCCUACAGACCCUCUUGAGUGGCACUCUGCUGGUUUGUGUGUGUGGGACUUCAGUGAGCUCACAAGUCUUCACAGUGUUUGAAGCAAAAUAGUCAACACUUCAGAACAUGUUCCUUUACAGAAUUUCAGUUAAGUGAUGUUAACUAACAUGUGCUUUUCUCCAGGGAUGUUAAGGCAGAGCUUUAGAGAUGACAUAGUUGCAAGUUUAGGGACAAAAGUGAAGCUUACAGUUUUCUCCUGAUGCUGCUAUUGGCUAAUGUAGCUUCUCUGAAACAAAUUGAUGUCAAAACAGAUAUACAGCUUCUCAUGAGAACUCUCUGAGCUGUUCCUAAUUGACACUCCCCACCUCCCAGCCUUCUGCAGUGAUACUGACUUCUGGAGUUGCCUAUGAGGGUGGCUGGAUGGGUCUGGGGACCAAAGGUAGGAAUGGGAAAUGGGUUGUGGUGGCGUUACCAAUUCUGGAAAUGCCAAGAAAUCACCUGACAUGAUGUGUGAGUCCUUUAAAAAAAAAAAACAAAGCAAAGCUGAGGCCUUUCUGUUUUAGCAAACUGAAAAUUCAGAUCUCCACAUGUCCAAACUGGAAUUUGGGGGAAAUCCCACAAAGGAGGAAAAAUUGGGAGUAAACAGAAGUAUUGGCUUUGAUCUGAUAUCUUGCUAUUUGGUGGUUAGAGGAGCCUGCUCUUGCAACUUAACACCCACUAUACUGAAGUACUGAGAAACAAUAAGAUUGCAACCCACAAGUGGAAAAGGGAAAAAUGUUUUUUGAGAGUUGAUUUUGUUUUUUUGGCCUUAGUUCAUCCCUUUGCACCCUGUAUUGCAGCAGAGAGAUGAGGGCAUCGGGCAGGCCGACAUGCUGCACUGCUGAGGGAUGUUGGAUUGUUCCUAGGCACAACAUGCAAAAGUUAAAUGCAGCCAAACAGAAGAGUAAAAACUUUAAUAUUAAAGUUCAGAUCAUAUUGAUCUUUCCUUUUUUUGGUUGUUAUUGUUUUCUUUUUCUUUUUAACUAUGACUUGAAUCAGUUUUGAUUCUAUUUGUACGUGUUUUCUUGUUCUUAGAAAGCUGACAUUUUUCCUUUUGUGUUUUUCUUUGGCAUUACAUAGAAAAUCUGAGCCUUGGUUUUCAACCCUCUGCAGGUGAUUGUAGGGUUAAGAUGGCUUGUUUGUUUUGGUUUGUUGUGUUCUUACAUUUCACUUGUCUUGUUGCAUGAUGGUUAAUAGCUGAUUUGGAAAUGACAUUUCUCUCCUAGAUUAAUUUUGUGUUUGUAAGAUGUGCAUAUUGCUUUGCAGAAUAAACAAAAAAAAGAUGGA